UGCUUGUAACCCAUGAAACUCACAACCCACACCUAUAACCCUUCAUUUAACUCUUUGUUUCUUUCAAUAGUUUUUACUUCACUUAUUCAAUGGCUGCUUCAACAAUGGCUCUGUCUUCACCAUCUUUUGCCGGAAAGGCAGUCAAGCUUUCCCCGUCCGCCCCGGAGAUUCUCGGAGGUGGAAGGAUCACCAUGAGGAAGACAGUCCCCAAGGCAUCCGGUAGCCCUUGGUACGGUCCAGACCGAGUCUUGUACUUGGGCCCACUCUCCGGAGAGCCACCAUCCUACCUCACUGGUGAAUUCCCUGGUGACUAUGGUUGGGACACUGCUGGCCUUUCCGCUGACCCGGAGACCUUUGCCAAAAACCGUGAGCUUGAGGUGAUCCACUGCAGAUGGGCCAUGCUCGGAGCUCUCGGGUGUGUAUUCCCUGAGCUCUUGGCCCGUAAUGGUGUCAAGUUCGGUGAGGCUGUAUGGUUCAAGGCCGGAGCCCAAAUCUUCAGCGAGGGUGGACUUGACUACUUGGGCAACCCCAGCUUGAUCCAUGCCCAAAGUAUUUUGGCCAUCUGGGCCUCACAAGUCAUCCUGAUGGGCGCUAUUGAGGGAUACCGUAUUGCUGGUGGGCCGCUUGGUGAGGUGACUGACCCACUCUACCCCGGUGGAAGCUUUGACCCAUUGGGCCUUGCUGAUGACCCAGAGGCUUUUGCUGAACUUAAGGUGAAGGAGAUCAAGAAUGGCAGACUUGCCAUGUUUUCUAUGUUUGGGUUCUUUGUCCAGGCCAUCGUGACCGGAAAAGGCCCAUUGGAGAACCUCGCUGACCACCUUGCGGAUCCAGUCAACAACAAUGCUUGGGCCUAUGCCACUAACUUUGUCCCCGGGAAAUGAGAGAGAAAAAAAAGACUCAAGUUGUGAGUUCAAUUUAAUUUAAAGAAUUAAUAUGAGAAUGGUGCGUCAUGUAAAUUUGUGUGAGUGAAAUUUGAAAUUCUGAUUGUUUUGCCACUAGUAACUAUCUCAGAUUCUCAUCUGUGUGAAUGAAUGUUCUUAAUUUUCCUUCAA